AUCUCGUCAAGCUCAAGAUGAAUCCGUUCCAGUCACAAGGAAAGAAUAAGGAGACGAUCGGGAGUCUACUUACACCGAUCUGCAGACACUGCAGAGUACCGGAGUGGAUGCGGAAUCCAGAGGAUCGAACAAAAGAAUCCAGAGUCGCAGCUUAUCGGAAAGAGUGGUGAUGGGAAGGAUGGGUAGGGGAAUCGUAAGCGGUUGAAGAUCUCUAUUCCUCAUUUUGACAACUCUGAUCUGGUUAAGAGUUACUCGAAGACUCUGAUCGGGAGAUGUAUGAAUCCGGCGAAGCAAGAUGGCGCGGCUCUGCUGGUGAUGUUACCGAAAAUUUGGAAGGUGGAAGAGAGAGUGGUGGGAGCGGACCUGGGAAUGGGACGGUUCCAGUUUCAUUUUGAUAAAGAGGAAGACAUUCUGGCGGUAUUGGAGAUGCAGCCAUAUCAUUUCGAUUAUUGGAUGAUAGCGCUCGCUAGGUGGCAACCAAAGAUGAUGAGAGACUUUCCUUCAGAGAUCCCUUUUUGGAUCAAGAUUGAGGGUGUCCCCACAGAGUUUUGGUCAACUCCAACGUUCCAGAGCAUUGGCGAUGCUAUUGGUGAGACUACAGAUGUGGAUCUCGAUUAUGGAAAGAUGCGGGUGAUCAUAGAUGGAUGCAAGGAGUUGUGUUUUGAGACAACGGUUGAUUUCAAAGGUGGAGAAUACUAUGAGGAAGAGGAGGCUCUUGUCACGUUAAAGUUUGAAAAGUUGUUUGGGCACUGCUCUCUCUGUCUCAAUCUUUGCCAUGAUUUGGGGAGCUGCCCUUUGAAUCCAAACCCGGAGAAGAAGAAGGAGGGCAGGGAGGGUGCUGCUGUCAGAAAGGAUGAUCGAGCAAGGAGUUAUAAGGGAGUCGUGAUCAAUGGAGAGGGGACUCAUCAAGAGAAUGACAAGGAUACAAGGAGAUACCAAGGUAAGGGGAAAGGAAAGAUGUACGAGGAACAAGAAUCAAGGUGGGAACGGGUGUCGGAACGAGGAAGUAAAAGAUCCUUCUCAAACCGCAAUCACAACAAACUUGAGGACGGAGGCUCCAGGAACCGCAACUCUCGGUGGGAACAAACAAGACGACAUUUAGAGGAGGAGAGGAGUCGACCAUCUCGUGCAAUGCGUGGAGAAAGAACCCCACCACGAGGUGAAAGAAGUACGGUGAGCAGGAACAGAGAGGAGCCACGUGAAGAAGGAGAAAUAAGGUUUGAUGGGAGUGAUAGGGGGAGGUUGCAAGAUGUGGAGAUUUUUCCACCGGGACCUGUACAGGAGACAUCUCCACUCCCCGGUGAUCCUGAUCAGGUAAAUUUAAUUACGGGAGAGUUAGAAAAUGGUUUGGAUCUGGUUAGCGAGUUUUUAGAAGAUGAAACUAAUAUGCUGGAUAAGGAUAAGAUUAUUGCGGAUUUAGCUUUGUCUGGAGAGGUGGGAAUGGAACUGGGUGAGAAUCAUCACACUAGGAAGGAGAUAGGUUCGGGUCUGGAGCUUGAUGAUGAGUUUCAGAAUCUUACAGAUGGAGAAGGAAAAGAUAUGGAUCAGGUAGAACAGGUGGAGGCAAAAGAAGUUGUCGAAGAUGAUAUGGCUGGAGAGAUUGGAGAGGGUAAGGGGGCAACGGUGGUGGAGAAGAAGCCGGGGCUGCGUAAGCCUUUGUUCUCAGUUGCUGUUGGAAACAAUUCCAAGUUCGCUCAAGUCCUCCUGUCGCCUCGCAAGCGUGCUGCAGCUAAACAGAGUCUCCGUAAGGGUGGGGGCACUAAGCAGGUGGAAGAGAAGGGUUCCUCAUACCCGAAACAGCUUCCCAAGCCUUAAAACGUUUUAUGGAUCAGCGUGAUUGGAAGAUAGCUAUGUUAUGGGGUUGUUUGGUUUUUUUUUUUCUGUUUUUUGUUUUGUUUCAGUAAGCUCUACGAGCAGUUUAAGCUUUAUAUGGUUUGUUUGGGUUUCAAAAGGGUUUUUAUUAAGUUGUAGCUUGCUUGGUGAUUGGAAUGGAUGGAAUAAAAUUAUUGGUUUUGGUU